ACACUCCACAGUCCACACUCCCUCCUAUAAAUUCCUUGAUACAAUAACCAAACCAAACCACCAAUUUGAAAACACUCUCUUCCGCCCCAAUCUGGGCAACAUGAUGAGCCCCCUUUUUCUCCUCAUCCUCCUCUUCUCAUCCCUCACUGUUGGUUUCUCCGGCAGCAGCGGAGAUCAAAAUCCGUUCACGCCAAAGGCGUACGCGUUGCGGUACUGGGACAAAGCCAUUCAAAACACGCUUCCAAAGCCAUCCUUCCUCACCUCCAAGGCCUCACCACUAACCGCCAUUCAAGCCGCUAAGUACGCCAAACUCGCCGCCACCAACGCCCUCACCACGCGCCUUCCCGAGUUCUGCUCCGCUGCGCACCUCCUCUGCUUUCCUGACAUCACGCCCAAUCUCUCCAAGCGAGACAAGAGCCAAAGCUUCACCGGCUACGAAGACGGCCAGAACUUCACCAGCUACGGAAUCGGCGGUGCUGGAAGCGUCAACAACUUCAAGAACUAUUCCGACGGCUUUUUCAACCCCGGGGUGAACGAGUUCCGCUCCUACAGCCGAAGCUCCGGUGGCGGCAGCGAGACCUUUACGGGUUAUGGAGAAGACACAAACGUCGUCGAGGAAGGCUUCAACACCUACGGCAAAGGUUCCGGAGGCGGCACCGGAGAAUUCACACAGUACGGAACCAACUCAAACGUCCCAACCCUCCGGUUCUCGUCGUACGGCGAGGCAACCGGCGGCAGGCAAGAAAGUUUCUCCAAGUACAGCGACGACAGCAAUGCCGGAGAUCAGACGUUCUCGAAUUACGGCAAAAACUCUGCGGGAGCCGUGAGCGAGUUCGACAGCUAUGGUAACAACUCGAACGUGGCGUCGUCGACCUUUGGUAGCUACGGCGCCGGUGGCGCGGGACAGAACGAGACGUUCACGAACUACGGGAUAAACAUGAACGUGCCUGAAGAGAAUUUCAAUAACUAUGGGGCUGGAACCACCGGAGGAACUCAAACAUUCACGAACUAUAGAGAUCAGGCGAACGUCGGUGAUACCUCGUUUUCUUCGUACGAUAAGGGAUCGAACCAAGGAGAGGCCACUUUCACCAACUACGGCCACUCCUUCAACGAAGGCACCGAUACCUUUAAAGGCUACGCCCUCAACUCUACGGCGGGCAAGGCUGGGUUCAAAGAAUACGGUGUGAACACGACCUUCAAGGAGUACAACAAAGACGGUGUCUCCUUCUCCGGCUACACCAACGCCACCACUUCUUCCGCCCACAUUAGUGGCAGUCUGGCCAAAAAAUGGGUGGAACCAGGCAAAUUCUUCCGCGAAAGCAUGCUAAAGGAAGGCACUAUUAUGCCCAUGCCAGACAUCAAGGACAAGAUGCCAAAAAGAUCAUUCUUGCCCCGCUCCAUUUUGACCAAAUUACCCUUCUCCACCUCCGAGCUCAAGCGCAUCUUCAAGGCCUCCGAUGAAUCCUCCAUGGACAAGAUGAUAAAAGACUCCAUGGGAGAGUGCACCCGAGCUCCCAGCGCGGGGGAGACAAAACGAUGCGUUGGAUCUGUGGAGGACAUGAUCGACUUUGCAACUUCCGUUUUGGGGCGUGACAUUACCGUUAGAAGCACCGAGAACGUUAACGGGUCAAAGAAGAAUGUGAUGGUGAGUAAGGUCAAAGGGAUCAACGGUGGGAAAGUAACCAAAUCUGUUUCUUGCCAUCAGAGCUUGUUCCCUUACUUAUUGUAUUACUGCCACUCGGUUCCUAAGGUUCGGGUUUACGAAGCGGAUCUUUUGGACCCGAAUACGAAAGCUAAGAUUAACCACGGUGUUGCCAUCUGUCACUUGGACACCACUGCAUGGAGCCCAACCCAUGGUGCAUUCUUGGCCCUUGGAUCGGGUCCUGGUAAGAUUGAGGUUUGCCAUUGGAUCUUUGAGAAUGAUAUGACUUGGACCAUUGCUAAUUGAGGAACGACGGAUAAUAAUUGAUCCGAUCAAAGCAACCUCCAUCAUCAGUUAUUAAGAUUUUAGUGGUGCUUUAUUAUUAGUUUUUUUUUUUUCCUUCCUGUCAUGCAUUCAGGGUUUCGGUCCCGAUAUGGUUUAUAUAGUUGUUAAAAAAUAACGAAGAGAUUGCCUUUUUAAGUGUGUAUUUUAUGGCUUCUAUCUCAUGGUAGCUGUAAGCCAAUGCAACGAAUCAAUCAAUCAAUCAAAUGUGCAUUUUGAAUUUA